GGGCAAUGCAGAACAGUGGUGAGUGCGUGAUCCGCUGGCAGUGCCCCCUGCUCAAGUCAGGUGGGUGCGAGGUUCCCCAGGGUACAGCUGCGUCCUCUUGGUAAAGUCACCCCGUGCUGAGUGACAGGAAUGUUCUCCUAGCCACUCCUGAAUGACACCCAGGGCAGCAUCCGCAAAUCCUUAGUCCCGGCCUUGUCCCUCAGAAAUGUGCGUCUUGUACUGCUCAGCCCCCUCUCGGCCAGCCCGAGCGCGUAGAAAUCCCGUCAAAGGAAAGGUAUUGGGCACCAGCCAAGGGGAGGGUCCCGAACACUCAGUCCAAACACGCUGCUUUGGAUGGAACCAGCAGAGACGUUUAUUAACUGCAGAAAGCUCGAUUCUCAUUGAUUGCAAGUGAUAAGGCAUAAACACGGAAGUGAAUCCCUAAUUUACCCAACUAAGUGAAGUGAAAAGCAAAAGGGAUUUUUCUCACCAAAAGCUUGUAGUAGAUUUCACAGGCUGGAUUUCCUUUCAGCCUGGGACACCCCUCACUUGGUUCAGUGUCCUUCCAGUGAAUAUACUGAUGGCAUGAGCAAAGACACCCUGGCAUAUGGGCUGUCCUUUGUGAAGUUCCACUCGCAGCCCGAAAACAACGAAACCCAAUCAAAAUCUGCCUCCCCGAAGGUGACCAAGCUGGGCCAAUUUAAGGUGAAGGACGAGGACAGCAGUUCUGCCUCAAUGAGGCCCGGGGCCCUGUUCUUCAGCCGAGCUAGCAAACCGCUUCUCACGCCGCCCAGAGCCCCGCAGACGGAGGAACCAUCCCCCAGCUACGCCGUCUCCACCCUCCAGGCCAGCACACCCGGCGCCUCCUCCCCCUCCCCCUCCGCCACAGAGAAACCCGCCGCCAGGACCUCCCCCAGCCGCGCUGCGGCCUCCCCCAAGGAUCCGGCUCCCACCAAGAGGAAGUUUGAGUUCAGCAAGGAGAACUCGGCGCCCCCCUCUGCUCGGAAACCUGACGCUGAGGCCCCCCACCUCCCGCAGCCAGCCCCCAAGAAGGCCAAAGCCCCAGAGCCGCCCCCCCGCAGGCCGCCAGCCCCCAAGAAGCAGCCGAAGGAGCCGUCGCCGGAGGGGGCGGGGGAGGAUUUUCAUCGCCUCCUGCAGGGGACGGUCUUCGUGCUGAGCGGCUUCCAGAACCCCUUCCGCUCCGAGCUGCGGGACAAGGCGCUGGAGAUGGGCGCCAAGUACCGGCCCGACUGGACUCCUGACAGCACCCACCUCAUCUGCGCCUUCGCCAACACCCCCAAGUACAGCCAGGUGAAGGGGCGCGGGGGCACCAUCGUGCGCAAAGAGUGGGUGUUGGACUGCCACCAGGCCCGGCGGCGCCUGCCCUGCAAACGGUACCUAAUGGAUGGGCCACCCGCCUCGGGCAGCGAGGAAGAGGAGAGCGAGGAAGAGCCGCCCGCCCGGACCCGCAAGACCCCCUCCCCCCGACAGAGAGCCGGGCUACCCAGCUCCAACCACCAGGGCAAGGCACCUGCCAGGGCCCAGCCGCCUCUGUGUGAGUCCUCAGGGGAGGAGACAGAGCCCGGCACAUCCUGGGCCAACGCCGGCAACUCGCAGGCCGGGGGGGAGAGCUCCCCGGCCUCCACGGACAGCGGGGAGCCCGCAGGGGCGAGAGACCGCGGGGAGGGCGACUCCGGCGACACGGACGACGAGCUGAGGAGGGUGGAGGAGGAGCACCGCAAGAAGCAGCAAGCGGGUCGGGAGGCAAAUCCGGACCCCGACGACGACCCCUACGGCGGCUCCACAGACGAGAACACGGAUGUGGAGGAGGAGCCGGAUCAGCCCAUCCCGGAGCUGCCUGAUUUCUUCGUGGGCAAACGCUUUUUCCUGUAUGGAGAUUUCCCCUCCCAGGAACGACGCCUCCUGAAUCGCUACAUCACGGCGUUCAACGGGGAGGUGGAGGGCUACAUGAGCGAGCGGGUGAACUACGUCAUCACGGCCCAGGAGUGGGAUGACACCUUCGAGGAGGCUCUGAACGACAACGCCAACCUCUCCUUCGUCCGCCCUCGCUGGAUCUACACCUGCAACGAGCGUCAGCGACUCAUCCCGCACCAGCCGUACGUGGUGGUGCCGCGAGCGUAGGGCGGCGCUCGGGGAUCCCGCUGGCGCAGGGUGGCACGGACUCAGUGGGGCUGGCAGCUCUCCUGUGUACAGACGAGACGCUGGGUGGGGGCGGUUUUAGCUGUUCUCGGUCCCUGCCUCGGCCUCCUGUUCGCGUCAAUGUCAACAGCAGGGGCUGAGCUGGGCUGUGCCGGGGCAGGGCCGCCCCGAACGUACCCACCUCCCCUGGCCAGACUCCCUGUUCCCCUCGAUGUACCCCCCCAAUCUUCCCUCCUGGCUCCUCUACCCCCUUUUCCGCCAGCGCUGUCAUUUCGACCUGUCGGGUUAAGCCUGGAUUGAGUCUGUGUGCGGACGCCCCCAAAGGGAUUUGAACCCAGCUUCUCGCUGUUCGCCCGCCCUACGAAUACAUCCCUUCGAACCGGUGUCCAGUCCCCUUCGCCCGCGCGGGCUUUCUCUCCCCCCCCCCCCCCCGUGUC